GCUUGUACUUGUACCCACCUCGACGGACGGGUUCGACAAUGGUGGACGGUGGUUUUCAUGCUUGUUUUUCCUUCUGCUAAACUAAAUAUCGAAGAGGCUAACAGCUGAGGAAAAGCCUUCUCUGCAUCUUCGGUUCUGAUUCUUGUUAAGUGAUGAGGAAGGAAGAGCAAGUUUGACGGAGAUUCUUGUUGAAAUGGGUUUGAACUAUUACGAUGAUUUCAAACUCACUGAAAGUCAUGGCAAUUCUGUUUCUAUGGGAUCUCCCAACAAGGAAAGGUUCAAGAAUGUGCAUUGAACAUGUCUUCAAUGGCUACUUUCGCCGGUGAAGUUUCGGUCUUUGCAGACACCAACUUGGGCACUCGCAUUUCUUUCAAUGUCCCUCAGGAUAUUACUGCAGGAGCAUUCAAAAGAGAUUUCGAGAGAGUUCACUUCUCAUGUUUACCCCAUUCGGGAAAGAUCCAAGUUGAUGGAUUAAUGGUCAAGCGAAGAUUGUUCUUUUACUACCUACCAGAUUCUCUGCCUCUAAAGUAUGUUUUUCCGGGGAUGAGCUGCGAAUGGUUUCUUCAUGUAGAAGCGAGUCAUUUGAAGAAUUUGUGUGUUUCACAUCCAGAGGCUGCUACUACUGCUCAUUUCAGAUCUCAGGACUUGAUAAACUGCAGUUCUGGUGAUAAGGCAAGGGGCAACAGUGUGGACAAUACUGUUCACAUUUUAAAGAAAAAGAAGGAAAAGAGGAGGAAAUUUAACAAAAAGAGUUUGCAGGAUACAGCAAGCGCAAUGCCAGAAGGAUGCUCUUGUAAAUUUGAAGAAAACCCCAUGGGCAUAAAUGACAAGAAUCCAGUUGUCAUACCUGAGAAUGAAGUUCAGAUAUCAGUGAAACCAAAUGCUAACUCCAUGCAAGGCAGUCUCGGUGAGAUGUCAACAGAAGUGUUAUCAGUCACAGGUAUCAUUGAUAAAUAUUUUCCUACUGGUAACAGAAUCGACAACUUGCUCAGCAGUCCUUCACUGUCAGAUGUUACAUCUAACGCUGUUCAUGAGGACGUUGAUGAUCAACCAAAGACCAUCAAAACACCUCUGAAUGUAUUGCGUGCUCCAUUGCAUGUUGGCUCAGUCUCAAGAACUUCACAGGAUAAAAGAAGAGAAUCUAAACUGAGGAAGCGCCUUGUUGCUGCUUCUCUGAGUCUGGGGAUAAGUCCGAUUAAGCAGAGUCCCACACUUUCUUUGUGUAGAUUGAAAGAUGAGAAACUGUCGCAGCACAAAUCUGAAACUAUAGGUUCACUAUUCAACAUCAGCGACAACGAUGAUUGACAUUUUUGCAUGGGCUUUAGGAGGUUGUUUAUAAAAUGAUAUUCAUUGUGCUUUGAUCUCUACAUGUGGGUGUAGGCUUGGAACGUUGUCAAGAAUUCUGUUAAGGAACUGCAUGCUGGUUCACCUCCUUUGCAUGGAGAGCUUAUGCUUAAUUUGGCAAUGCUUCACACCCAGCCACAAAGAACAGAGAUACACUGGAAAGCCAAAGAAGUGUGGAAUUAGCUUGCAGUUUGUACUUUGUAGCCUUAUCCGGACCUGUUCGUCAAGCCGAUAAUUUUUGAGCCAGCACUAGGUGAUUUCUUAACCUCACAGCUUCAAUCUUUAGUUGAUCUUUCUUGAGAAAUAUCAGUGUUACUGGGUUCUGCACCAAAGCCAGGUUCCAAGCUCAGCAACAAGUUCAGCAGCGUGAUAUUUAUACAUCUUUGACAAUUGACCAAUUAAUUCAGUUAGUCGUUGUGUAGCUGAUAUAGUAUGAGAAAAGAAAUCGUCAUUUUGUGUGAAAAGAAAUCGUCAUUUUGUGUACCUAAAUGCCAAUUUGUCUGCUUGAAAUGUAGAAUUUUGAUCUGGGUUUGAUUCCGACUUGGGAUUUCUCGAAGAUUCAUAUCGGAGUUCAUGUAGGAUUACUAGGUCAUGAUGUGUAAAAUACCAGCUACAUAUUUAUUAGAGAAAUCCAAGAUCCUUUUUUUUUCCCUUUCUUAAUGUAAAAUUAAUUCGGAUUUUUCAUCUUAUAGUCAUG